AAGCUGCGUUGAGUAUAAAAAAAAAAGUCCUAUAAAUACAUGAUCUCUACGGCAUCUAAAAAUUCGACCAUCGGUCAGUGUGUGCCAUCAGCAAAUCUGUGCAUUUACCGAUCUGUGAGAUGAGCUCAGUCACUCUUUUGUAGCGACGUUUUACAGAAAACCGCCGGACUGCGCAAAGUUUGAUCUGCAAAACACUGACGCUCACCUCCUUUGACCAAAACGAAACCAUUCGACUUUCCAUAUUGUACGAGAUUUGCUAAUUCGUUCAACUUUAUGACUUUGACAAAUAAUUAAUCCACACUGAAAUAUGGAAGACCAAACAGCAACUCCUGUUCGGGAGCAACACAGGUUCAACACGGUCAAUCUUCAGCGAUAUCUGUCUGGAAAGACACGAGGGGUGUCCAACAACGACAGGUUCACUGUCAGACAAUACAGUGCUGGACAAUCCAACCCCACCUUCCUUAUCCAGACCCCUUCUGACAGCUAUGUCCUGAGAAAGAAACCGCCGGGUAUGCUUCUGCCAGGGGCUCACAAGGUGGACAGGGAGUAUCGAGUGCAGAAGGCCCUGUUCUCUGCUGGGUUCCCAGUACCCCAGCCACUGCUACACUGCACUGACGCAGAGGUGAUCGGAACCGAAUUCUACCUGAUGGAGCAUGUACAGGGGCGUAUAUUCCAGGACCUGAGGCUCCCAGGGGUGAGUGCAGCGGAGAGGGCAGCCUUGUAUGUGUCUGCAGUGGAGGUUCUGGCCCGUCUUCACUCCCUGGACCUAACCUCCUUGGACCUAGAGGGGUACGGGAGAGGGCCUGGCUACUGCAAGAGACAGGUGUCUACCUGGACAAAGCAAUACAGAGCAGCUGCCCACAAAGAAAUUCCCGUUAUGGAUAAGCUCUCUGAUUGGCUGUUGAGCAACCUGCCCACCAAUGACAAUGAAGUGGCCCUUGUCCAUGGGGACUUUCGAGUGGACAACCUGAUUUUCCAUCCUACUGAGGCUCGUGUGGUGGCUGUGUUGGACUGGGAGCUCUCCACCACGGGCCAGCCAAUGGCAGACCUGGCCUACUUCCUGAUGCCCAACUAUUUGCCCAGCGGCCUCAGCCUCCUCAGCUGUAUGGGCAGCCUGAGGGGUGUGGAAGGUAUACCUUCUCCUGAGGACCUGAUCUCCAUCUACUGCCGGUGCCGAGAGAUCCCAUCUUCUCUGCAUCAGCUCAACUUCUACCUGGCCCUCUCGGUCUUUAAGAUGGCAGGGAUCGCUCAGGGGAUCUAUGCGCGCCACCUCCUGGGCAAUGCCAGUGCUCCCAAUGCUGCCCAGUUUGGCCAGAGUGUGGAGCCGUUGGCCCAGGUUGGGCUGCAGAUUGCAGAGAACCCCUCCAGGUCGGGCCCUGCUGAUGCCAGACUGUUCCUCCAGACUGCUAAAGGCCAGGCUGUCCACCAGCAGGUCACAGAGUUCAUGAAACAACACGUGCUUCCUGCUCAGCAGGAAGUAUCAGAGUACUACUCUAAACACGCCCACUCGCCCCAGAGAUGGCACCCCCCCCAGGUGAUAGAGGAUUUGAAGGCGAAGGCCAGAGAGGCGGGGCUUUGGAACCUCUUCCUGCCGGCAGUAAGCGGUCUCAGUCAGCUAGACUACGCCCACAUCGCAGAGGAAACGGGACGAUGCCUCUACGCCCCCGACCUCUUCAACUGCCAGGCCCCUGACACGGGCAACAUGGAGGUCCUCCACAUGUUUGGUACUGAGGAGCAGAAAAGAGAGUGGCUCCAGCCCCUGCUCAGUGGACAGAUCCGCUCCUGCUUCUGUAUGACAGAGCCUGAUGUGGCCUCCAGUGACGCCACCAACAUGGAGUGUACCCUUCAGAGGGACCAAGACCAUUACGUCGUCCACGGAAGGAAGUGGUGGAGCAGUGGUGUUGGUAACCCAAAGUGCAAGGUGGCUAUCGUGAUGUGCAAGAGCAAGUCGAAUAGCACUCGAAACCGACACGGUCAGCACAGUAUGAUCCUGGUCCCACUGGACACCCCUGGUGUGAACGUGAUCAGACCGUUGACUGUAUUUGGACAGGACGAUGCCAUUCACGGCGGACAUUUUGAGAUCCACUUUGACAACGUGCGUGUGCCUGCUUCCAACAUUCUUUUGGGUGAGGGCCGAGGCUUCGAGAUAGCCCAGGGUCGUCUUGGUCCUGGCAGACUGCACCACUGUAUGAGGGCCGUAGGUUCUGCUGAAUGGGCACUGGAGCUUCUGUGCCAACGUGCUGCGCAUAGACAAACCUUCGGCAAGAAACUCUACCAGCAUGAGGUUGUGGCCCACUGGAUAGCAGAGUGUCGCCUGGCAAUAGACCAGACUCGCCUACUGACCCUGCAUGCUGCUCACGCUCUGGACACACUGGGCAGCAGGAGCGCCCGGAAACAGAUUGCCAUGAUCAAGGUGGUUGCUGGCAGGAUGGUGUGUAAGGUUGUGGACACUGCCAUCCAGGUGUAUGGGGGUGCGGGUGUAUCCGGAGACUUCCCCCUCGCUCAGAUGUAUGCGUACGCCAGGACUCUGCGCAUAGCAGACGGGCCAGACGAGGUGCACAUGUCGUCCAUCGCCCAUCUGGAGCUCAGGGACCAGAUGAGAAAAGCCAAGGCCAAGCUGUGAGGUCUUGCAAAGGGGUUAACAGGAUGGGUUUAAACACACAGGCAGCCCUCAGACAGACCGCAGGGUAGCGGAAGGGUUAAUGGAGGUUUUAACACAGAUAAAGAGUGCUGUGAAGGAGCUUCAUCUGUCACGGGAGCUACGGCGAUUGAUUGACAGGCCAAUCUCACCUACUAAUCACUGUGGAUGCCAAUCGUAGAUCUCCACAUACAGAGAUUCUGAGAUUUGCUUAUCUGAAACAUGAUCAUGAUCAACUCUUGUUCUGCCUUAAUGUGAUUGUGGGGGAAUAGCAGUCUACUGUAUUAUGGUAUGAAGAUCUGGUAGAGAAAGUGUUGUGUCUGCUGGACUACAGAUGGUGCUAACAAAAUGGGGUAUUGUGUUUAUUUGAUUCAAUAGAAUUGAGUAAUUUAUAACUAAAAUGACAUACACUGCCUUAAUAUGCUCAUAAGAUAUGUAAAUAAAGAUUUGGAUAUGUGGUAAAUCGCAUAAUUUUUUGAAUUCACUAUGAUUAUCGCAAGGACUCCUUCAGAGGCAUGUUUCACAACACAAAUGUUUACGUAUUUACAAGUACAUUGUGGCUAUAAUGCCAGGGAUUGACUGAAACACCUGCUGAGACUGAAGUUGUCCUAAUAUGGACACCUUAGACUUGGGGACCUCACCUUGGAUCCUUGCCCUGGAGUCACCAAGCCCUUGUUCUGACAGUAUGUUCACACAGUAGAUUUGCCGGGCAUUCAAGACUUAACGUGUGCAAAAACACUCAAACCAUCUCCAUUAGUUGUCAUGAGCAUCUCCAUUGUCAUGGGCAUCUCCAU